AUGGUGUCGGGCGCCAUCUCCAACAAUGAUGAGGUGGCCCACAUGGAUGAAGUGAAGAAUCUGUCAAGCCACCAGUGGUGUUACACCACCUCCAGCAACUUCAGCCUCCUCCUGUCUGUCCUCAUGUGGGGUCCCAUUUCCCAUCCCAACUUCAUCAGCAGGAGCCAACUGAUCAUCUUCUUUGUCACCAGACGCCAGCCAAACAUCCUUAGGAAUGCCAAAGCAAACAACAGAAAAAUAGAUUUAGUUUGCCAAGACCCCAGUCAACUGAAAACAGGCAGAAGUGCUGCCUACAUCCUCAGGUAUCAAUGGCUAGAGUAUACCGAUGAUGAUGAGAGCCCAGAGAAAGUUUGCAACUGCUCAGCAAUUCUGCUGGGAGAGGAGGAGGAAAUACAGCAAUCCAAAUUACUGUCCAUCAGCAAAGACUUCCAGAAGAGUACUCAGAUCCCUGAUGAGUAUUAUAUCAAUGCGACCAAAGACUGCAGUAAAUUCAAGACAAGCAGGAAAUAUAUAACAUUCCCAUUAAGCGAGGAAGAAGAGGACUUUCCACUAGCUUACUCGAUGGUUGUCCAUCACAAGGUUCACAGCUUUGAGCGACUACUGCGAGCUAUCUACGCACCUCAAAAUAUUUAUUGUGUCCAUGUGGACAAAAAAUCACCAGCCUCAGUCUUUAUUGCCAUCAAUGCCAUUACGUCCUGUUUCCCAAAUGUGUUCAUGGUCAGCAAGGCUGUGAAUGUGGUCUACGCUGGAUGGACACGUGUACAGGCUGAUCUUAACUGCAUGGCUGAUCUCUAUAACACCAGUACGACAUGGAAAUACUUCAUCAACCUCUGUGGUCAGGAUUUCCCUCUAAAAACUAACUUGGAAAUUGUGAAAGCUUUGCGUUCACUAAAAGGAGGUAACAGUAUGGAGUCGGAGGAAAUGCCUCAAGGAAAGAAGGGAAGGGUGACAAAUGUUCACGAAGUAGUAGAUGGACAAAUGCAGCGAACAGGAAAAACAAAGGAUCCAGCUCCCUUCAAUCUGCCCAUACUAUCAGGAAAUGCCUACAUUGUGGUCAACCGAGGUUACGUUCGCAGUGUUUUGGAAGACAAGCGAAUACAGGCCCUCAUUGAGUGGGCCAAAGACACCUACAGUCCUGAUGAGUUUCUGUGGGCAACAAUACAGCGAAUACCUGGUGUUCCUGGCUCAACAUGGCCCAACCGUAAAUUUGACAUGACAGACAUGAAUGCAAUUGCACGGAUGGUGAAGUGGCAUUGGCACGAGGGGUCAGAGGAUUCUCUGCAAGCAGUAUACCCAGAAUGUAAAGGCCACCAUGUCAGAUCAAUAUGUGUGUAUGGUGCUGGAGACCUGCAGUGGUUGAUUGAACAGCAUCACCUUUUUGCCAAUAAGUUUGAUGCAGACAGAGAUCUCAUUGCUAUCUACUGCUUGGAGAAAUAUCUGAGACACAAGGCACUGAUAGAGUUAGUUUAGGUGGAGAGUUAAUUAUCUAUUAUGAAAGACAAUUCUAAUAGAUAAUAAAACUAUAAACACAUUCUUGGGUAGUGUUGGAUCAUAAUUGUUAUAGAUGUGUUAUAAGUGUUGUGAAGAUUUUCGGCAUUUACAACAGUUUCUGUUUAUGUCCUUUGCUUUAAAUGUGGUGUCAGUGCUUUCCUGAGAUGAGGUUAAAUGGGGUUGGCUGCUCCUAUCUCUGUCGGCUGCUGGCUCCUGGGGGUUGUUAUUGUGAUUUCCCACCCACAUUAUCAAGUACAUUUUGUUACAAAUGCCACCACCUGAUGUAGCUCAUAAAACAACAUCCUCUGCAUAAAGCAGAGAUGAGAUUCUGAGGCUGAAGUCUGAAUCUUUCUGUCUGUCAGAUUCCUUGAAGCACUGGCUGAGGAAGAGGUGUGGCACCAAUAUAUCCACUUGAGCUUCUUAAUUAACCAUAGACCCAUAUUUAAUGCAUCUGAAAGUCUGACGCUAACCAAUACUGAAAAAACAAAGUACAAUACACAUCACAAAUACAUUUCAAAAUGCAGUUUUAAGAUACUUUAUGGUUAUUUUACAAGGACAACAACAUUACGGUGCCAGGAUACGGACUCACGCCUAAUAGUAUAAAUACAACAAAGGAAUUUAAAAAAAAAAAAAUGUAUGCAGAGGUAAUAAUAAGAAGUUGAAUUGAUAAAAAGGAAACACAAUAAAUAGAUAAAUAAUAACAUAACAAAUAUUCACAUAAAAUAGUCUUAUAUUCAGUGGUUUUUGAUUUCAGUGCUCAGUGUGGAUAUGCCUGUAUGGCAAAAACUGUUCAUGAAUCAAUUGGUGUGAGUUUUUAUGGAUCUUUAUCACUUACCAGAAGAUAAGAGUUCAGAAAGGUUGAAGGCCGGAUGGAAACGGUCUUUGAGGACAUUACAUGACUUCUACAAAUAGUGAGAGGUGAAGAUGUCAAUCAUGGCUGGUAGGUGGGAGUUGGAGAUACCUUGUGCAGUUUCUAAAAUUUGCUGCAGAGCCUUCCUAUCAGCUUCAGAAAUUUUCCUGUACCAUACAAGGACACCCUGUCAGGACACUCUCAAUGGUGCAGCGGUGGUAAGACACCAGCAGGAACUGUGAGAGGUUCAUUAGCCUCUUUAUAGCAUCCUAAGGCAUUUCCCCAUUACAAUAGCCCCUGCUUUGAAAGAUCACUGUCCCAAGGACCACUUAAUGCCUAAACACAUUUUCAGUCAAAAAUUACAUAUUAUAUCAGACAUCUGUAGGUUUCUAGUAACGUUUUGACACUGUGGAAAAUGAAAUGGAUUAGGAUGCUUUUCUGCCGGGCUGCACUUGAAUUAUGCCAAACUCCUGUGUCAAAACUGCGUCUCUACUAUUGACCAAGUGCCUAAGCUAUUGGGUUCUAUGCUCCCAUUUAUACAUGUUAUACAUGAGUUUGCGUUUAAUCAUUAGUUAUUAUUGAUCUCUGGCUCUCUUCCACAGCAUGUUUUUUGCCCUGUCUUUCUCCCCUCAUCCCCAACUGGUGCGGUAGAUGGCUCAAUCCUGAGCUUGGUCCUGCCAGAAGUUUCUUCCUGUUAAAAGUGACUUCUUCCUUUCCACUGUCACAAAAGUGCUUGCUCAUAGGCGGGGGGUCUGAUUAUUGGGGUUUUCUCUGCAUUAUUGUAGGGUUUUUACAUUAAAAUAUAAAGCGCAUAGAGGUGACUGUUGUUAUUUGCUGCUUUAAAAAUACAUUUUAUGAUUAUAUUCAGUAAAUUUAUUAAAUUUAUCCACGUUUAUCUAAAUUUAAAUAUAUUAAAACAAUACCAUUAUUAAUCUAGCAUGGCAGAAGGUAAUUUUGUAUCAUAUCCAAUAAUUUGCACCUCUUACUUGAAAAACACAAACUCAUUUUAGCUUUGAACCUGAACUCAGUGCCCACGUGGCUUGCAUAGAUAAAAACAGUGGGAAGAAAACAUUUCCUUUUAACAGGAAGAAACUUCUGAGAAGAGGUGGUGGUAGAACAUUCCAGGGAAAAAUGCUCCUGCUAAACAAGUUAAAGCAGCGAGUAAAGUUCUUUUAUAUCUAAUUAAUACCAAUUCCCUGUAUAUAACACAAUGUUUUCUUUUAUUGAUCAUUGCAAUUAUUUGUAAAUUACUAGAAAAAUUAGGGAAAACAGUGUUUCAGAGGAACACAUUUUUAAUGAAGUAAGUAAUUUUACAUAUUUUACAACAAAUGAAUACCAUGCAAGCCACAAAUAAACAAACAUGUACAAAUAAAUAAAGCGAUAUGGUCUAACUUGCACAGUGGACACUUUCUACAAAGUAUCUCGCUAAAUAAUAUACACGGUAUUUCCUCACCAGCACCCAAGAAUGUCUCUCUGUCUCUCUCUAGUACAGUACUAGCACAGUGAUCUGCUUUUGGGUGUAUGUGUGUCAGAGUAAUUUCAAACUAAAAGCAUGCAACACACAACUUCUGCUACAGAACAGCUCUUCUACUUUAUUCUCACAGUGACACAAAGCGUGAAAGCCUUGUAAACAUUUCAUAUAAAGAUUGACUGAGGUGCUAAAUGAGAUGGUGACAUAAUGUCAAUCCUUACUGUAAAAGGAGAGGCCCAGACCUUUGAAAACUAUUUCAAAUCAGGUUGGCUGUUCUAUUUCCUGUCAGUGUGGACAGAAGGGUUUUAUGUGUGCAAACAAAAAUGUUAGCAAAAAGACGGGAUGUUGAAGCAUUAAUUAAAAUAACAUGCAGAAUUCAUAUUUUCUACUCAUUUUAGGACUACAUGUAUAAAGACAAAUACUUCAUGUAUACUGAAUGUUGAUUAGUAAGUGGCAUCCCGUGCCAGAUCGCAGAUCCAGUGUCUAACACAGAUUGCUGUGUUAGCUUAGUUUUACCUACUCUGACAUAAUUUAAUUUGAAAAUACUUCAAUAAAAGUCUUUAAACUAAA